CUUCUGUUAAACAGAGAACUAUUUUUCAGUGCAACUGUGUCCGAAAGUGUUGUUAGGUCCGAUGCAGCGGCUGUUAUUGUGAUUUGGUUAUUAAUAUUAUACAUUAAGAUGUCAUCUUGCAAAAUCACGAAAAAUGCCUUUUUAUGGGGCAUGGCAGCAAUUUAUUUACUUGCAUUUUCAUCACUAUAUGUGCAAAUUCCUGGUUUAUAUGGAGACAAUGGAAUAUUGCCAGCUAGAUUAGCUGUCGGAAAAGCUGCAAGGUCAUUUGCUGAUUUAUUAGAUGGACAUCCAACUCUGUUGAGAUUAAUGCCAAUGAUAGGAUUAGAUACUGAGACUGGCCUAGAUCUCCUUUGUAUACUGGGUAUAUUGAUCUCCUUUGCAGCACUUCUUUUCCAGGCAGCUAGAGAUGUUUUUGCCUUCACUCUUUUGUGGAUGUUAUAUUUGUCUAUAUACCAGGUUGGACAAACAUUUAUGUGGUUUCAAUGGGAUAUUUUACUGUUGGAAGCAGGUUUUCUAACAAUUUUGGUAGCACCAUUAAAUAUACAGCUGCCAAAGAAGUACAGAAUGUCUAUACACCAUGAGCAUGACUCAAUAACACUUUGGUUGGUUAAAUGGCUACUGUUUAGACUCAUGUUUGCAUCAGGUGUUGUUAAAUUAACCAGUGGCUGUCCUACUUGGUGGGGACUUACAGCAUUAUCAGUGCAUUUUGAAUCUCAGUGUAUUCCUACACCAUUAGCCUGGUAUUGGCAUCAGUUCCCAGAGUGGUUUCUUAAACUGAGUUGUGUUGCUACAUAUGUGAUAGAGAUGGCCAUACCAUUCCUGUUCUUUGCACCUGUCAGAGGCUUAAAGAUAUUUGCUUUUUAUGCACAGCUAUUACUACAGAUCUUGAUCAUAGUGACAGGGAACUAUAAUUUCUUCAACCUUUUGACAAUAGUGCUAUGUAUUCCUUUACUAGAUGACCAGGCAUUUGGAAAGAAAGGAAGGAAGAGAACAAGAUCUACUGGACUUUUAUCUAACAUUUUUGAGAUAGUAACAAUAUGUUACAUAGGUUACCAGACGUGGAAGCUGUUUUCGUUACAAGUUGUAACCAGUCCAAAUUUUUCUAUAAAGUCUGAAAUAGCUUUUAGUUCUAAAGAAUUUGACCAUUGGUUAGAACAAAUAGUUCCAUGGACAAUAAUAAUAGGUUGUGUAUCAUUGGGAUAUGAAGUUCUUCUUUCUGUAUUAAGAUGUUUCAUAUCAGACUACAGUAUUGUAUGGAAAGUUUGGUCAGCAGUGUUAUGCCUUGUGUUUGGUGUGGUCGCUGUAGCAAUGUUAUGUAUAAGUCUGGUUCCUUUUACUAAUGAAUUAGACUGGAAGUCAAACCAAAAAAUUCCACCAGCAGUUCGUAAUGUCAAUGAAAAACUUGACCCCUUCCAAAUUACCAGUUCAUAUGGACUGUUUAGAACAAUGACUGGUGUUGGAGGGAGACCAGAAGUCAUUGUAGAAGGUAGUAACAGUAUGCAAAAAGGUUGGAAGGAGUAUGAGUUCCUGUAUAAACCUGGUAACCUGUCUGGAAAAUUACCCAUAGUUGCACCUCAUCAACCAAGAUUGGAUUGGCAGAUGUGGUUUGCUGCCCUUGGUAACUAUCAACAUAAUCCUUGGUUUGUUACAAUGGUGUAUCGUUUGCUUACUGGGCAGGAGGAAGUUCUAGAGUUGAUUGCCAAAAAUCCAUUCCCAGAUGCUCCGCCAAAAUAUAUAAGGGCCAAAUUGUACCAUUACUAUUACACAAGUUCCAGUCAAACAAGAUCCCCAAAAAAUUGGUGGACAAGGAAAGAAAAGUCUGAGUAUUUACCUGUACUUAGUAAAGAUACCUCUAGUUUAUUGGAUAUUAUAAAACAUUAUAAAGUGGAACCUGUAAAAAAGAAACCGAAAAGUUUGACAUUUGUUGGUAAUUCCAUGAUGUGGCUGAGAGAGAAGAUAGGACAACCAGAGGGAUUCAUAUUUACCAUGUCAACAUUUACAGCAGCCUUAGUUAUAAACUUUCUAAGCUGGAUACAGAUCUUUUAACUUAUAUACCAUGGUUUAAUAUGGCUGAAAUGAUAGUCAAUUUAGGGUUCAUAAUACUUGUCAACAAUUUCACCCAGAAAAUACUAAUACAAAGUAAAAUAAGUAAUUUUAACAAAAAUAAUGUUCAAUAUCAUACUAUACCCUUUAAAAAAAAAUCUACUUACUGAAAAAUUUCAAUCCAGUGUCGUAAUUUUUAGUAAGCCUCUUUAAAAAUUUGAAAAUCCAAAUUACAAAAAUAAUUUACUAAAUAAAAGGACAUUAGAUAAAUGAUAAUUGUUAUGUGGUUGUAGAUUAAGCAAUUUAAAUUGUGUUGUUUAGCUUUGAUGAUGAAAGUUCAGUAUGGUCAAUUUUAAAGAUAUUAAAGAUUCCAUGUAAACCAUAUCAUGUUUAAGACCACUUAGUCCAUAUGGCCAGUAUAAGCUAAUGCCAUCACUGGGCUCUGUCAUCUGUACUUUUCAUAUUUUAAACUUCCCUUCUGAACUUUCAAAAGCCAAUUUAUAACGAAAAUUGGCAGAAAAAAUGUAUAUAACGACCUUGAUUAAAAUUCUAAUAAGAUGAAAAAGUUUGGUUCUGACUGGAAAUUAAUGAUUCUGGAUGGUCAGUUUUAACAUUUCCUCUGAAUCCAUAAAACCAAAUCAUUUCAAACUUCAUAUAAAGGAAAAGAUAACUGAGAAUUCAACUGUCUAUUAAUCAUGAUUUAAAUUUGAAUGGUAGCACACAGCUGCAAUAUAUUUAAAAGGUACAUUGAACCAUAUGGGAGUUCCUAUUCCCAUCUUUUACUGUAGAUGUACAUGGCCAAUCUGAACCAAACUUACCUCAAAUUUAUUAAGGUCAAUGUUGAAGAUUUGUCCACAUAUUGCUUACAGGAUCUGUGACUAUUUUCACAAAAAAUCUUAAGAAUAAAAAAACUUGUAAGUCGUACACAUUUCAGUAUAACUUACGAUCAAUUUUAAUCGUAAGAUUUUUUGUGAAAAGAGUCGCUGAACUUUAAUAAAACUGUAUCUGAUCAAGCAAAGACAUUGCCUUCUCACGAUUCUUAAUGGUAAAUUUUCAAUUUUUUUCUCCUUUGUAAAAGUACUAGCCAAAUCUUGAUAAAUUUGAUAAGAAUCAUGAUCAGUACCCUUUAAAGAGGUUUAUUAUAUAAUGCAAAUUGGAAGACAUAUCAGGGGUUAAAAAAUCCACUAGCCCGACGCCCGGGACUAGACUUUUACACUUCGGGCAAUUAAAACUUGUAACCGAAUAUGCCCGACGGACUAGUAACAAAAAAUUCUUGGCAUUUCCAAAAUAGUAAGUGGAAAAUCCCCUCAUCACUAUUCUAUCUUAGCCAAUCAGAUUCAAUUACGUCAUCCGGGAUUCCAAGAAUUUGAACCGAUUUUGUACAUGUUUUAAAAAUAGAACAACUAACUCUGGGUGGACCAGUAUCAUGUAUUGAUCGCAAUUCACGUACUUUCAAUAUCAAUUUCUCAGUACAGGGGGUAUUGUACAUUGCUUAUGCCGAGAUUUUCAAUUAAUGGUAUUUGGGUGUAUGAUGUAAUGAUCGAUAUUGACCUGUCUUGUCGGACAGCUGUUAAUUUGAGCUUGAAACCAUGCACAAAUUAUUUCUAAACAUUUUAGUAUGGCCACCACAGGAACUUUGUCAGUUUCAAAACGAAAAACUGUAGAUGAAGGGGGUAAAGAGGCUGAAAAUUUAUCCCAAAAAAUGCCAAAUACGACCAGGAAAAGCGGAAAAAAACAUUUAUAGUGUCAUGGACAGAAAGAUUCCCCAUGGGCAAGGUCGACUGUUACUGAUGAUAAACAAGAGAUGAUGUUUUGUGAAUAUUGCCGUUAUUUUCCUGAUCACGCUAAUAACGUCUGCUUUGUAUGUGGGAACAACAAAUAUACGAAUUGAACCACUGGUUUCACAUGACAAGAUCAAUGAUUACAACCCAUAGUACAAGGGAUAUCCAAAAAGAUGUCUAGAGAUCCUUGUUAUAAUUAAUAAAACAAAAAUUUAUUUGAUUUAUUUUAUCAAAUACCGUAUAUAAUGCCGCAUUCAAAACAAGGGACACCCCACUCUGAAUUUGUAAGGUAUACUCGGGCUAGCAGGUCAGUUUUGAUGGGCUAGCAACUCUUUCAACAGGGCUAGUAAAAUCCUGCUACCAAUAAGUCCUGGGCUAGUGAGCUGUAACAAAUUUUUUUAACCCCUGCAUAUAUAGUAGCAAUGAUGAAAAAAUGAUUCCCAUCGAAAUUUAUGGAAAUGAUAUUUUCAUCAUUUAACCAAAAGCCCAUUGUUAAAAAUAUCCUUCAGGUGAAAAACUUGACUGCCAUAGGCAAUGGUUACUUAUAGUUGAAUUAGUCAGGCUAAUUACUGCCAAAGUUUAGGAGUCUGAAUAGGUUUUAUAGGGUUAAAAAGUGAACAUCGAUGACAUUGGACAUAGAUCCAUAUAAGCAAUACAACCUCUAUAGAGCCUCUACUUUUUUUAUAAACAUUUUUUUAUGUAGUGUUGUUAAUUACAAAAUGUAUUGGUAUCCCUUGACCUGUAUAUGAUUCUAUCUGUCAUAUUUAUGGACAAACACGUAUGUGCCAUUUUGUAAAUAGAGUUGGAAAUCCAAUUUACAGCGGGUCUCUUCAUAAAAAAAUAAAAUGACAUCAAUUAUUUAUUUUAUUUUCUACUUUUCUAAGAUGGACACAUAUCUUUAAUUUUUCUAAAUAGUAACAUGGAUUACAGUAUAUUUUAGUUGAAAGAUUUUUUGUGAAGAGCAUCACUGUUUAUCUACUCAUGGUAAAAAAUGCAGCAUAUUUUUUGUUUUAGGUGGGUUUUUUUUUAGUUUCUACAACUAUAUACAAACUAGGUAUGACAGCAACUUUUAUAUGUUUAUACAAAUAAUUAUAAAAAAAUAAUGUUUACUGUCAAUAUAACAGCUUUAUGGUGUUAGAUAUAUUUGUAUCCCUUUUUAAGUUAUAAGACUAUUUAAAGAAAGAGAAGAUAAAUGAUUUAUUUUUAUUGUAUUUUCUCUGGCAUUUCUGUUUUUCCUUUGAUAGAUUUAUGUAAAUUUAAGAACUUGUUUAUUUAAUUUAAGAUUUACAAUGAUUUCUGUUGGCAUAAAAAAUGUAUAUAAUAUAAUAUGAGCUGCAUCGGAUAGAAAUCAACCUUAUGCAAGUGCACGUAUACAUGCACAUGUAUAAGACUUUGAUUGAUUUUGGAACAUUCAAAUACGAAAUUAAUGAUGAAUUUUGAUCUGUUUUGUAGGGUUCUUUUAACAAUUCAAUUUUGAAUUAGUUACAGACUUCCUGUAGAGAUUUUUCAACCCAAAAUAGGUUAAUAGAUGUAUAGAUUAUCAUUUGCAUAAGGUCGAUUUCUAUCCAAUGCAGCUCAUAUAAUAUUUACACUCUUAAAUGUUAUUAAGAUUUAAUUCUAAAAAUGUUGUAAGAUUUUUGAAGUGAAGUCGAGGAAUAUGAUUUACCUAUUACAUUUUAGAUAUUCCUUUUAUGAUCUUUACUUUUAUUAUGUUAAUUUUUCCAUGUUCACUUUGAUUUUGUGUUUUAAAGAAAUAAUUUUGCAUAAAAAAAAACCAAACCCAUGUAGUUAAGUUUUAUUAGUUGUCUCUCUUAGUAAUAAAAUGAUGUGCAUAAUACAUGACUUUUUUAUAUGUGUAUUUGUCUCAUUAUACAAUACCGGUAAAUAUAUUGAAAACAUUUUGUACCCCCCAAAAAUUAACUCCUGUAAAAAUAUAUGAGAACUUUAAUUGUAUAAAUUGGUGAAAGGAUGCAUAAAGGGAAGUAUUACAGCUUCUCAAAAAAAGAAAAUCAGUCUUAUAACCAUUUUAUGCCUUACUGGCAUUGUUCAUAUUCAAGUUUAGAUCUAAGAUACUACAUAACUACCCAUCAUAUAAAUCGGUGCAUCUGUGGUAGUAUAUUCGAGGCGACAGUAGUUUACCAAUGUUCAAAUCUCAUAAAACCAUUGAAAGGUUACAAAUUAAGAUAACAAACAAAAUUGAUGGAAUUGCAUGAACUCCAAAGGGAGCUUGACCUGGUGCGUCGCCAGAGUAAGCGUCUCCUGCUAUACAUGCAUCACCUGUCAUGGGAAUCCACACUCAGUCAAAACGUCACUAUCAGGAAUAGGACACAAUCAUUAAAGAUACAGAUCAGACAACUAUUCUUGUAUAUAAAUAAAGCAGACCUACACAAAAAGUAGGUCAGUAUGGUUUACAUUUUGUUCUUCACUGACCUAUAUGGUUCUAAAGAUCAGAUCACUAAUACUAAAGGUGUAUAAAAACAUAUCUGAAAAAGGUAAGUCACUGUGACCUAUAUUUAAUGCUUAAGUGACAUAUCAUAUUUUAUGUGAUGUUCAGAUUCUGAGUGACUUGCUCUCAUAUGACUUGUAAGGAUGCAUCUAGGGAAUGUAUAACAGCAUUUCCCUGAAAGGAGGUAACUCUGACCUUCAUUUUACACUUCACUGACCGGUAUUAAAGUUUGUGUUUGAGUUCAUUUCUCAUAUACAUAAAGUAAGAGAUGUAGAACCGUGUAGUUUUAUGUAAGGAUGCAUCUAAGCAAGGAGUACACAUGUUCAUUAUGUGUGAACCUUUUUUUCUGAAGUUUGUACCUUUAGAUACUUUUAAUAAUUUCCUUUAUUUUAUAGAAGACAAUAUAUUGAAAGUCUUUUUUGUUAUUUGUGUUGUUGGGUUGUUGUUACAUAGACUUAUACCACACAUCUUUUUAUUUUACAUAUAUGGAAAGUUCAUACAGUUUGAAUUAUGCAAUGUAUGUGUUCAUAUGUAUUAUAGUUGUUAUAUAGAAUAUUGCUUAGUAACAGAAUGGAAGAUUGAUGCAACUGUGUGAAAAAAGUUAGAAAAGGCAGUUAUAUAAUCAAGCUUAUAGUUGUGUGUUUUGUAUUUGUAAAAAGGAUUAUAUAAUCAACUUUUCCUAAUAUGUUGUUACUCCUGGUUUUUGUUAGGCAAUGAAAAAUUGUGCACAGCAACAUCUGUAAUUUAUCAUUAUAUUAGAAAAAAAGCAUACUUUUUAGCUUUUGCCAUCACUUGGCGUCUGUUGUUGUCGUUCGUCCAUCUAGUGUCAUAAUGUUUUUUUACCAAUCUUCUCCUCUGAGACUACUUGGCCAAAUGCAACCAAACUUUACCUGAAUGUUCCUUGGUGAAUUUAGUUUAAAAAUUGAAUCAGGUCAAGGUCUAUCUACUGUGAAAUUUUAAGAAAAAAAUUGGAACAACCCAUUUUGGAAUUAUUGCACAUUAAAUGUCAAUUCUUUGCAAAUUUCUAAGUUUUUAGUAAUUAUCUUGCAAACUAAAACAGAUAAAGAGAAAUUUUAAACAGUAAAAAUUACCAGAACAAUAAGAUCUAAAAAUAAGUUAACUUGGCAGAAGUUGCCAAUUGACCCAUUAGAAGUCAUUGCCUUGGAAAAAUGCUUUAUACCCUUUUUGCAUUUUUUGUGGAAACUAUAGAAGAUAAAGAGAAUCUCUCAAUCAUAAAAAUGUUCAGCAAAAUAAGAUUUAGGAAUAAGUCAACAUCUGGACAAAAUUGUCAAUUGACCCCUUAUAGGAGUUGCCCUUGAAAGAUGAUUUUUACCCAUUUUUUGGAGGCGGAGUCAACAAUGUAUUAGUUUGUGAUUAGGUCUAGUUUAUGGUGAACCACUAGUGGUAGGUCAAUGAUAUUUGGUAUGCAGUUGUAUUAGCAUUGGCACAUCUCAUUACCAUGGAGAUUAUUUGGCCUUGCCCUCUCAGUCAGUCAUGGUUUAUUGACUUUGAAACUUUGCUUAGUUUACAUGUAUUAGUUUGUGAUUAGGUCAGUUUAUGGGGAACCACUAGUGGUAGGUCAAUGAUAUUUGGUAUGCAGUUGUAUAAGUAUUGGCAUAUCUCAUUUCCAUGGAGAUUAUUUGGCCCCACCCCCUCAGUCAUGGUCUAUUGACUUUGAAACUUUUGCUUAGUUUACAUGUAUUAGUUUGUGAUUAGGUCAGUUUACGGGGAACCAUUAGUGGUAGGUCAAUGACAUUUGGUAUGCAGUUGUAGAAGCAUUAGCACAUCUCAUUUCCAUGGAGAAUAUUUGGUCCUUACCCCUCAGUCAUGGUCUAUUGACUUUGAAACUUUUGAUUAGUUUACAUGAAUUAGUUGGUGAUUAGGUCAGUUUAAGAUGAACCACUAAUGUAAAGUCAAUGAUAUUUGGUAUGCCCAUAUGCAAAUGUAUUGGCAUUUGCAAGUUUCAUUUCCAUUGAGAUUAUAUAGCCCCACUCCCUCAUAAUGGUUCACUGACUUUGAAACUUUUACCUAAUUUACAAGUUAAUGUUUGUGUUUAGGUUUGCUUAAGAGGAACAACUUAUAAAAAGUCAAUGGUAUUUGGUAUGCAGUUGAAAUAGCAUUGGCACAUCUCACUUCCAUGGAGAUUGUUAACCCUGUACCUUCAAUCAUGGUUCAUUGACUUUGAAUAUUUGCAUAACUUACUUGUUAAAGUAUUGCUAUUUUAAUUUCAACAUUUGCACUAUCCAAAUCACAAAUAGGCUGGACAUAUCUCUGUGUCAACAGUUUAUUGAGUUUUUUACUGAAACUAUAGUAGAUAGAGAGGAACAUUAAAUAGCAAAAAUGUUCAGCACAAUAAGAUUUCCAAAUAAGUAAGCAUGGCCAAACUUGUCAACCAACUCCUUAUACUCAUUUUUAUAAUUUUGCUAAUUAUUUCAAAAACUAUAAUAGUACUAUUAGAUAGGUAUCUGUAAACAGUAAAUAUGGUUAACAGUUAACAGAAAAAAUGAUUUAUCAGUAAACAGUAAAUAUGGUUGUCAGUAAACAGUAAAUAUGAUCAUUAGUAAACAGUAAAAAUGAUCAUCAAUACAAGAUCUACAAAAAUGCCACUUAUAAAGAUUUACAAAUAAGCAAACAUAACUGAUUGCAAUACAGUUUAAAUAUCAAAAUGACACAUUUUUACCAGGUGAGCGAUUCAAGCUCUUUGGAGCCUCUUGUUUAAACUCUAUUUCUACAACUUUUUUGUACAGUUUAAAAUUAAUUUCUGUCCAUAUCUUUCAUUUUUUUAAAAACAGAGGCAAAAUUAUCCUUUUCUUACCAAAAUUCUUGUUUUUAAAAAUGUUUGUAUCUCAAAAACAAGCACACAGAACUCUCUAUUUUGACAUGUACAUUGUCUAAUCAAAAUGACUACACAUCUGUAAAUUUAAUUUUUAAUUUUAGCUGUAUACAUCAUUGGUGACUUGUAGCUACAUAGAGGUGCUGUUACAUUUUUAUAUUCAUUUGAAUUAAAAAAUCAUAUAUAAAUAUCUUGUGCAGGAUGUAAGAAUAUUUUUAUUCAGGAAAAACUUUUUAUAAUAAUAAUUAUAUGACUGUUUGUUGUGAAAAUGACAUAUAUAAAAUGUAUGUUUAGAGGGAAAAUAUUAUACAUUUACAUGAAUUUGCAUUGUGAGCAUGUGUGUUAGUAUUAUAUUGCAUGUUAUUGAUUAUAUCUGUAUUUUGCUGUCUCAAUACUAAAUAAAGAAAAAGGACUGAUCUGCUUGA